AUGAAAUCCGUAUCACCCACCUCCAACCCCAUCAGCCCCGGGCGGGCAAAGCACCUCGAACGAAACCGCGUCGCCGCCAACAAAUGCCGCGAAAGAAAGAAGAGAGAACACAAGCAAAUUGAACGUCGUCUCACGGACGAAACAGAAAAGAAAGAUAUUCUCCUAGCACAGUUGAACGUUCUACGAGAAGAAGUCUGGGAUUUGAAAAACCUCAUCUUCCAACACGCCGAGUGCCAAGACCACCAAAUCAACCACCAACUCGCCAGGAUGACACAGACCGUCCUGCAAGGUCCUUCCAACCCGGAUGCCAAUAAUUCCAGUAUGCCCACCAGCUCAUCGCCCACAUUUUCGACUGGGACGUGGUCGGAUGAGUCGGUCGCAGAUGAUACCAACCAUAUCGGUGCGGGCGCAUAUGAUCGCAAGGACUGGACGGUGUUGCCUACAAUCGCGGACGGUUUCCCCCCUUGCGAGCCGACUGGGUUUACCGAUUCGAUGUUUGAAAACUUUAUCAAUGCAGACAAUGGGUAUACCUAA